GGAAAGCCGGCCGUAUCAAUGUUGGCCAACUUCAGCAGGUUGUUGGCACCGGUGGUUGGCGAUCUGAAGUGAUUAUAUAAGCGAAGGCGAAUCUGGCCGGAACAAUGUUUUUCCUUGUAUCUUGGCAUCAAAUUCGUCCUCGAGGCCUUGAAGAUCCAUCUAUUUCUGCUAAUGCUGAGAUCUUUAUACAUCCUCCUAUAGAUGGACGCUCUCAAACUAUUAUCACGGUCCACCGGCCUCAAGGCAAAGAUCGCAAAGCCGUCGGCUCAGACUAUUCCGUCUGCCUCAGGACAAGGAACGUCUCAUGAUGGAGGGGACGAUACCUUGAGCCGGAAGCGCAAGCGAGACUCGGAAUCGGAAAAUGACCUGGGCCAGAGUUCUUCCGGUGCGCCAUCUACGCUCACUGAAGAUGAAGUUCGAAAAUAUCAGAAGAAGCACAAGAUCAAAAUCGUCGACUUGAAUCGUUUCCGCGCCGUGAGCCAAUCUUCAGAAAAGCGGAAAGCGCAGAAAGAACAGUCCCGUAUUUUCCCACAGCCACUUAUCAGGUUUGGUCAAUUACGGUCGGACUACAAAAUCAAUCCGGCACUGGCAGGAAACCUUGCUGAGCAGGCAUAUUUCGAGCCCACGGUAGUCCAGUCGGCGACUUUGCCGUUACUGCUAAAGGCUUCUGCAGAUGGCGGAGCAGAACCCCCCAAUGCAGAUCUCUUGACCAUCGCGCCAACAGGCAGCGGUAAGACACUUGCUUUUCUAGUUCCCUUGAUUGAGAAAACGUCCCGUGCCCAUCGACAAGCACGAGACCAGCCCGAGAAACAUGUCAGCUCUAUCAUCCUCGCCCCCACCAAGGAGCUUGUUUCGCAAAUUGUGAACGAGGGUCGCAAACUGUGUGCGAAGACCGGCGUGAGCAUUACAGCCAUGCGCAAGGGGAUGAAGAUUUGGGAAGGGCAUUCAAAGUUGGAAGAGGACACGCAACCGGAAGACGAUGAAGGCUCUGAGCAAGAAGAUAGCGAAGUUGAGGAGGAGACGAAGAAGACGAAGACCAAUUCCCGUCCACCUGUCAAAGCCGACAUUCUUGUCUCGACACCGCUGAGCUUAGUGCACGCAUUGUGUCCGUCAUGGGAAGAGGAUGAGACGAAACCUCCACAAGCAUUACCCAAGGUGGAAACGUUAAUCUUCGACGAAGCGGACGUCCUGCUCGAUCCUCUAUUUCGCUCUCAAACGUUGGCCGUGUGGUCGGCAUGCACAUCCCCAUCGUUACAGAUAAGCAUGUGGUCGGCGACCAUCGGGUCAAACAUUGAAGAAUUGGCGGUCUCGACAAUAUCCGAGCGGCAGAAACGUCUAGGGAUUCCACGCAAUCAGCGGCCGCGGCUGCUGCGAACCAUCAUCGGCCUCAAGGACACGAGUCUACCGACCAUAUCGCACCGGUUGACGUACACGGCCACGGAAGCAGGCAAACUUCUAGGGAUGAGACAAUUACUGCAUCCGACACGGUUCACGACAACGAAAGGGGCGGAAGAAGAUGCGCAACCGCCGCCUCGCCCUCCGUUCCUGGUCUUCACUCAGACGAUAGCACGAGCGCAAUCGCUCUACGACGAGCUGCAGUAUGAUAUCCCUGCUUCGGCUGGAGGAUCGUCGCGCAUGGCCGUGCUCCACUCAUCCCUGCCGGACCAUGUGCGGGCCUCGAUCAUGCAAAAGUUCAGACAGGGCAAGAUCUGGGUUUUGAUCACCACGGAUCUGCUGUCUCGAGGGGUCGAUUUCCGAGGCGUCAAUGUCGUGGUCAACUAUGACAUCCCCACCACCGUGGCCGGCUACGUGCACCGGGCGGGAAGGACAGGGAGGGCAGGUCGACAAGGCGGCGUCUGCGUCAGCUUCUACACGAAAGAGGAUAUCCAGUACGUCAAGGGCAUUGCCAAUGUCAUUGCAGCGAGUGAGAAAGGCAAGCCCAAAAAGGAAAGCGGGGAUGGGGACGGUAACAACACGACCAAGGCGGUAUCAGCAACCACUGUCCAACCGUGGUUAUUGCAUGCGCUCCCCAAUGUAUCCAAGUCGGCGAAGAAGGACCUCAAACGCCACGGAGUCGAAUCCCGCCGUGCCAUCCACGCCGACGAUGACGAGAAAACCAAGCGAAUGAAACGAAAGGCUCGCAUAGGCACGCAGAGCGGCUACGAGAGGCGUGAGGUUAACAGGAAGCGUGCUGCAGUGCAAGCCAGUCUAUCCAAGACGAAGGCACCGGCCUCUACUAAGGAAAGGAAUACCGGUGGAGAAUGGGAGGGAUUUGGCUGAUUUUUGGAAACAAACCGUGACUAUCAGAGCCCGAGGGCCCGGGAAAGGGGAUGGGGGGAGGGGGGUGGACUGUGGUAGGCCAGACCUCGUCGUCCACAGUGUCUACUCGGUUGCCUAUCUGGGGAUCUAAUAAUAUAGGUUUCGAUGCCUACAACUUGGGGCCACUUAGGUUCUGUGAACAAUCUCCGAAUACGAGCCCAUGUACUAUGGGAAUAAUGUCCAUCGGAAAUAAUGUCCACAUCGCAAAAAAUGUCCAUAGGCGAUAAUUACUCCGAUUAGUGUCCUGCUCCGCUUCCACCACUAUGCUGGCAGCUUCGAAAAGAAAAAACGCUCAUCAAUCUCACCAAUCAGUCACUCCACUACUACUAUACCAUCUACUGUCGGCGGUCUGUCCUGUACAACCAGACGAAAUGAAC